GUCCGAAUUGGACCUUGAACUUCAUAUAUGUUAAAUUUUUGAGUUUAAAGUUUCAACUUAUGUUGCACGCAUUUCAAUAGCGGGAAACGUGUUCUUUGUUUAUCAUACGUCAGUAUACAAUCAUUUGCAGUGCAGCUAAACCACCAUCCCACCAAUAGUUAUGAAGAAGGAGAAUGAGAUAAUUGAACGUGGUAAUUGGACUGGGCGACUAGAUUUUAUACUCUCCUGUAUUGGUUAUGCUGUAGGACUUGGUAAUGUCUGGCGAUUUCCAUAUCUCUGUUUCAGAAAUGGAGGCGGUGCAUUCCUUAUUCCAUAUGCUAUUAUGUUGUUUAUCGCUGGAAUUCCUUUGUUUUUCUUUGAAUUGUCAUUUGGGCAGUUUGCUUCUCAAGGACCAAUUACAGUUUGGGCUGCAAAUCCAAUGUUCAUGGGUGUUGGAUGGGCCAUGGUUAUGAUUAGUGCCAUGGUUUCAGCAUACUAUAAUGUCAUUAUUAUGUACGCUAUAUACUACAUGAUGGUGUCUUUCGUCAACUUGGAUACAAAGUUACCAUGGGCAGAAUGUGAUCCUGAAUGGGCAACUAAUCUUUGUCGACAAGAGGCUUAUCCAAACUUUGCUGCUAUGACAAAUGAUUCAGAAAUUAAAAAAGAAGCUUUCAAAUUAAAGGACUCAAUGUGUUUGGAAAAACUGUUACCAAACAUCUCCAAUGCAGCAGGUGCCACAUAUGCAACAAUAAUGGACAUACCUAGUAAUCUCCUGGUUCAUAACACGUCAUCAUGUGAUCUAGACCUCAAGGUGCCUAGUGAUGAGUAUUGGACGCGAUUUGUUUUACGUCUCCAUGAAUCUGAUGGUCUUGAUGCGAUUGGUGGUCUCAGUCUCAAGCUGACUAUCUGUUUAUUUUUAGCAUGGAUUAUAAUUUUCUUCUGUCUCAUGAAAGGAGUUAAAUCAUCUGGCAAGGUUGUAUAUUUCACGGCAACCUUCCCCUAUCUUAUAUUGAUUGCACUGUUGAUAAGAGGACUAACUCUUGAAGGACACGAGAAAGGUGUGGAAUUCUAUAUGACAGCGGACUGGGAUAAACUUAAGGACCCAAAGGUAUGGGGAGAUGCUGCCACACAGAUCUUUUACUCUCUAGGCCCGGCAUGGGGUGGACUUCUUACAAUGUCAAGCUAUAACAGAUUUAAAAACAACACUGUCAGAGACACCUUUAUAGUAUCAAUCAUUAAUUGUGGAACCAGUGUGUUUGCUGGGUUUGCUGUAUUUUCUCUCCUUGGAUUUAUGGCCACUCAGCUGAACAGGGAUGUUAAGGAUGUUGUUGAAGCAGGUCCCGGGCUAGCCUUCAUUGCAUACCCAGAAGGAAUAGCUAGAAUGCCCGUAGCACCGCUUUGGGCUUUUCUAUUCUUCUUCAUGAUCUUUACACUUGGACUUGACAGUCAGUUUGCUAUGAUGGAGACGGUUAUAAGUGGGUUUGUUGAUGCCUUCCCAACCUUCCUCAGACCAAAGAAACAAAUGUUUACUUUGUUUUGCUGUCUCAUUGGGUUUUUAGUAGGAUUGCCGCAAGUUGCAAAGGGUGGUAUCUACUUGUUGACAUUAGUUGACUGGUAUGCAGGAAGUUACAACCUUAUGCUUGUUAGUAUGGCGGAAUUAAUUGGUAUAUGCUACAUUUAUGGAGUAAACAACUUUAGAAGAGAUAUUGAGAUGAUGUUAGGAAAACAGCACCCGGCUUUCUGGAUUUAUUGGUAUUGUACCUGGUGCUGUAUAACUCCAGUUUCUAUUGGGUUCAUCGUUAUCAUGUCAGCAAUUAACUAUUCCCCAGCUUACUAUGGUGAUUAUGAAUUCCCAGGCUAUGCUCAAGCUAUGGGAUGGUUAAUGGUGUGUUCUCCACUGGCUCUUAUAAUUAUCGUAAUGAUUGCACAGAUAAUCAGAAAAGGGUUAUCAGGAGCAGUACAGAGUGAACCACAUUGGGGUCCAGCUUUAGAUGAAGACCGAGCUUUAGAUCCAAUGAGAUACAGACCACUUAGGGAGAACAAGCACCCACCAAACGGCCAUUAUAAUGAUAAUGAGGGGCAAACAAAUAUAGCCUAUCUUGGUGAUGAAAAAGUUAAAUAUGUAGCAACUGAAUCUAACAGAAUGUAAGAAUAAGUAGAGUCACAACUCUAAAACUACUGUAUAAGAACAAAAAUAGAUUGUUUUUACUUUUCAUAUUUUAUUCAUAUAUUUUCUGUUAUAUAUUUCCAUUUUUAUCAUUUGUAUGUAGUUAAGAAACAAGAACUAUUUUAUUUUCUAUAUUUCCAUUUUAUCAUUUUAAGAGGGAAUUGAGACAAACUUUUUUUGUGUAGUUCAUUUCGAUCUCUUAUUUGGCAAAACAAAAUAUAUUCAUCAAGUAAAUAUUAUGUAUCAGGAACAUAAGUAUGAUUUGAAAAUAACCUAAUUGGCACAUUUUUUGUGCAUUUCAUAAUUUUUAAGGGAUUUUAUUGUUUUGGGUGCCCAGUAGUUAUUAUUAGAUGAAAAUAAAUUUAUUUUGAUAUAUUUUAGUAUCAUUGAAAUGUUUAUUUAAAACGUAUAAUAUGUUGAAUUCCUUUCUCAGGUGAACUACACAUGUACACUUUUGAACUGUUAGUGCAAUAUGUUAUUAUUUUAGUGCAAGAACAUAACAAUAAUAUAUAUAUAUAUACAUAUCACUUCUUUAUAACUUUGAGGACUACAUUCAAUAAAUUAUUAUUUCUAGCUUUGAAUAUUUGGAAAGAAAUAUGAUAUAAUUUAUGAUAAUUGAUUUUUUUUUUAUUUCUUAUCAUGAAGUCUAGAUAGUUAAAACACAUUCCGGAUCAAUACGCAAUAAACUGUAUUAAAUAAAAAAAAAAAAAAAACUGUCAUGCUUCAUACCUAAGAAAUGUUUACAUUCAUUAAUAGUAACUGUUAUAAUUGUUCAGGAAGGUCCUCAAUAAGUAUUUUGUAAAAUGUUCCCAUUACUUUUGUCUAUAUUAGACUACAUAUAUGUUGUUUUUUUCUGAUUCCAAUUGUUUGAACUAUAAAAUGAAGGUUUUGAACUCAAUAUAUAUAAUACUUAGUAUUCAAAUGACAGAGUUAUAACACAGCAAAUUUAUUGAGAUUAAAGUUAUGCUGAAAGUGUGCAAUAAAUUUCAAAUAGACAAUGAUUAGAACGAAAAUUGAAGUCAUAUAGACAUAAUAAAAAAAAUUACAACUUAUAAAAAAUGAAAUUCCAAAUCCUUCAACUUUAUAAAAAGGAUAUUUGAACUGUGCUAGGGUUAAUCUUAUGAAUGUUUUUUUUUGUGUUAAAAUUUAUUGACAAUAUUGGUGUAAAAAGAAUUUUCAAACCUAUUAACAAUGAUGAAAGAAUGAUACACAUGGAAAGUGUUGUUAAGAUUUGCAAGAAAAUCAUAUAACCCAUUGAUUAUAAAAAGCACUGAAAAUCCAUUACCUAAGUAAAAGUAUGAAGAGAGUUGAUUACUUUUAACUAUAUUUUAUUUUGUAGUCUAAUGCAUAUAUAUUUUUAAGAAAACUUACUUUUGCAAAUAAAUCAUUUUUUAAUUGA